CUCUUCUUUCUCUCUCUGGCCCUUCUUCCAUUUAAGGCUCUCUCUCUUCCUUUGUUCACUCCCACUGCUUCCUCGCCAAGCAAAGCACAGGACCCCUCUCUCCUCUCCUCUCGUCUCAUCAAUGGAGCGCUCCUCUCGGCCCGAGAACCUCCCCUCCGCCCGCAAGCACGCCGUCGAGGAGCUCCUCCGCGGCCAGGAGUCCGCCAAGCAGCUCCGGGAUCUCUUCAUGAAGGUCUUCUCUCAAGCCGCCGCCGCCGCCGGCGGGGACGACGGCGGUGAUGGAGACGGCGGCGCGCGGCACCCGGCGUCGGCUGAGGAUCUGGUGGUCAAGGUCCUCCGGUCGUUCGACAACACCCUGUCGCUGCUGAGCCGCGCCGAGCCCGACGAGGUGUCGCAGGUGCCGGUCAGGGCCUGCGCCGUCAAGUCCGAGGACUCCGAGGAGAGCAGCAAGACCUCGGUCCCCAGAGACCGCCGCGGAUGCUACAAGAGAAGAAAGACUUCGGAUACACAGAUAAGGAUGGAUCAUAAUUUGAUUGACGACGGGCACCAGUGGAGGAAAUAUGGCCAGAAAGCGAUUCUUAACUCGGAGUUCCCAAGGAACUACUUCAGGUGUACUCACAAGAUCGACCAAGGUUGUCUAGCGACCAAACAGGUCCAAAAGGUACAGGACGCUCCGCCCCUCUAUAGGACCAUAUACCAGGGCCAACACACCUGCAAGAACCUCAUCCUGAAAUCCCCCUCCCUCAUCCUGGACUCGCCGAGCCCUGGGGACUCCUCCAUCCUCGUCAGCUUCAACACCAGCCUCCCUCCCAAGCAAGACGACAACAACAACAGCAGCAGCAACCCCUUCUCCUCUUCGACUUUCCCGUCGGUGAAGCACGAGCCGAAGCUGCCCGGCGAGGAUGAUCUGAAACCCCGGGGCGGCGGUGGCGGCUGCCAGGACGAUGAGAGCUACUACAACAACAACAACAACAACAACAACCACCAGUCCGAGUCAUCGGACUACUACGCAGUGUUCGAAUCGGCCGGGGAGAUCUCGGCCCUGUCGUCAGAUCAAGGGGAUGUGAUGUCCAGUUCUCAUAGCUUCGACAUGAUUGUGGGUUCUGAAUUUGAUAGUCUGCUGGAAUUUGUUCAAUGUUAAUCUUGGUUUAGCUUUUUCUUUUUCCAAAAUUUGAGGGGUGCUUGCUUAGUUUAGUUUCCUUGUACAGUACAUGUCCGAUGUAGCAGUCUGUUUAGGAAAGGCACAAGGAGCCAAAUAAUUGCUAGUGUAAUGAUAUCUAUGUUGUGGAACAUAUUUUGUGACUAAACGCAUGGGGUUUUUGUCUA